GGUGGUGGCUUCCGUUGUUGGCGCGCGAGCGGCGGCGGUUGGGCGCGCGCAAGAUGAGUGAAUCUCUGGUGGUUUGUGAUGUUGCUGAAGACCUGGUGGAGAAACUGAGAAAAUUCCGGUUUCGUAAAGAAACCAACAAUGCUGCCAUUAUAAUGAAAAUCGACAAGGAUAAGCAGUUGGUGGUACUGGAUGAGGAGCAUGAGGGCAUUUCUCCCGAUGAACUAAAAGAUGAGCUGCCUGAGAGACAACCUCGAUUUAUUGUGUAUAGUUACAAGUAUCAGCAUGAAGAUGGAAGAGUUUCUUAUCCUUUGUGCUUUAUCUUCUCCAGUCCAGUUGGAUGUAAGCCUGAACAGCAGAUGAUGUAUGCUGGAAGCAAGAACAAACUUGUACAGACAGCUGAACUCACUAAGGUAUUUGAAAUAAGAAACACAGAAGACCUAACUGAAGAAUGGCUGCGUGAGAAACUGGGCUUCUUCCAUUAAGAAAACCUCUGUGAUAAGUAUUUAUGUACCAUCCUGAUAAUACUGGAACCAGACAUGAAUACUUACAUCUAAAGAAUGCACUGUAUUUACAUCUGUCUCCUGCAAGUAUCUCUUGUGCGAAGUUUGUGCAAAUAGCAGGUCUGUCUCCUUGAAGUAACAAAUCUUUGCAGGUGUUUCCUUAUUUGUACCUGUUAAAAGGGAAUACUCCUCUGCAGGGACUCCUUUUGCACUCUUGUAACUAAUAUUUCUAUAACUAAAACAGUCCAGUUCUGGAUUUAUAACUAUCUCCAAACAUCAUUUGGAAGCUGACGCUAACUUUUUGUGAGCUACAAACGCAUCCUUAAGACAUACUAGCCAUUUAUAUGCAAAAAUUGUCUACUGUCAACCACUCUUCAGAUUUUGUGACUUAAUAUCUUCUUCAUUAUGAAAACUAUUCCCUGGAAACAUUUAGUAUUAAAAAGACAAAAUCAUUGUACAGCAAAUCUUUCCUUCGAGUCUCUGUGAACUUUCUCAAAUUUCUGGAACAAAUUUUUGUUAUUCCAGUAAUUCCUCAGUUGAGUCAGUCUUAAUAAACUUCAGGGCAAAGCUUUGACUGUCCAGCUCUCAUGCUAAUACAGUCUUACAGGAACUAGAUGAUAACUAAGGGCUGAAUUAUGACUCUGGUUACUCUGGUACCAGAUGUCUUGCAUAUAUAACUUAUUACACUGUUAGGAAGUUUACCUCUGCUCAUCUCCUGUUAUAUGAACACAUGUUAAUACUGUGUGCCUUUAAUUUGUUAGCUUUAAAAUGACUUGAGAAUUUUACACUGCCACUUGCUACAAAUUUGGUGAAAACUUUGUUAAAGAAUCCAAGUAACAUUUUUUCCUAGUGCCUAUUGUUGCAGUUGACAUCUGUUUAAAUAAAAAGAAGCCAACCUCAUUUUCUUUGAAAUUCCACUCAUCUACUCCAUUUGUAGGAGUCAGGAGGUUAAAGCUUUUCAUUAUAAUGAAUGAUUUAUAUCUCUUUUGUUAUAAAAGUUGGCCACAUAUAGCUUUUGAGUACUUAAAUAAUAGUCUCUUAACUUUCUUAACUGCUUCUUGUUCAAAAUUACAUUCCAGAUAAAGCUUUUGCAUAAGUGAUAAUUUGAAUUUUUAUUUACUUACGGUUCAUCUCUUUGAAACAGCAGAUAUUCUAAUGUGAAAUUAGUAUUGAACUUUUAUAAAUGACCAGUCUUUUUACAGGUCUGUUUUAUAUUGAAUAGAGUAGUUGUCUGAUAUGGGACAUGUUCAGCCCAUGCAGUGGCACAAGGAGUACUGACAUGACAGUAUCUCACUAUCUUGUGUUUGUUGUGCUGCUGAGUAAGUAUCUGCAUAAGAGCAGCUUCCUGUUAAUAAUGUACCUUAAAAUGCAGCUGCCCUAACAAAUCUGUUUGGUGGGAAGGAAUGCAGUGUUAAAUUUGGAGGCCAGUAUUUCAUGCUGUGAAACCUUUGCUGAAAGGAGGUUUAUUUUAAUUUGUAAACAUAUGUUGUGUUAGUGUUAAAACACUAAUUCCCCUGAGAUCACAAGGAAUUAAUUUGCAAAGGUCCUCACUGUUGGUAAACCUCUUCUUAAUUUGAUGUUACUGCUCAUUUAUUUGGAGUCAAACCUGACUUGAGAGGGGCUUUUCAAAAUACAUGUUAGAAUAAUACAGUUAAAUUGAUCUUUCAGUAUGGAAAAGAAAUGCUUGCAAUUAAAUUUCUGUGUUAAUAUAGUGAACUGGAAAAACAAUUUAAUUUCCCUGGACAAAAAAAAAGAUUAUGAAACUGUUGCUUGGUCAUGAUGUACUACAGAUCAAUAAAAGCCAUGUGUUUUGUGACAAACAUUGUAUAAAUAAGACUUUGGCUUAAAGAAUAGUGUCAUUUUAAGCAUUGCUCUUGAAACAGGAAGAAUUGAUCUCAUUUUGUGGUGUUGUGCUAAAGGUAAGGCAUGUCAAAGUACAGCGUGGGUGAGAGGGAAGGUGCCACUUGCAAUGUUCAGCUUGAUUUGCAGUGGGGAAAACUGGAUUAAUCAUCUUUCUCAUUGUACUUUGUACACUAGUGGGCUGCCAGCAUCCAACUGCUGCUUGCACAGGUCUUGACAAAAAUAACAGUGAAAGGGCCUGUCUCUCGGGAGAGAGGAGCUGCUGCAGCCAAGUGAUGGAAUUUGAUUCUUCAUCUCUGCAUCACUCCACUUUCUGCCAAGAAAAUAUUGCUACUUUUGGCUAUAUCAGAAAGAAGUUCUUAUUGCCUGCACUUAAGGACUGUGCCUUGAGUGCCUCCCCUCAAGCCUUGCAGAAAGCAAACAAAUCCUGAUGAGAGUGUUAAAGCCCACUUUCUUAUGAAUGGUGAUUCUAUGAUGCUGCUCAGCCCACCAGUAUUACUCAUCAAACAGCCCUGGUAGCUGUACCUCCUUCUCUCUGGUCUGUGGAAGUGAGGAAGCAGCUGCAGGUACUUGGAGAAUGAGUGUGCAGAGGAUGUUUGCUGUUCUAGGCUUGUUUUUGGUUUCCUUAUUUUUAAUGCAGUGUUUUGACACAACUGUAUGAUGUUUACUUUCCUGGGCUUUCAAGAUAUAGGUAGUGCUAAUACUUGAUUAAACAAAGACAUUAAUCAUGUCAGAAUCUUUCCUGCACAAAUAAUACUUGUUUUUAUAACAUUUUUCCCACCUUUAUUUUCUGUACCGCUGCCCCCUUAAGAUCAGUGGGUGGCAGGUGUGUCCAUGUUCAGAAGGCCAGUAUGUUCUGACUGUGCUUUAUUAGCGAGCUGCCCAUCUGUAAUCAUACAUUUUUGUCUUGAAUUUUCAGAUCUUUAAAAGAGGGUUUAGACAAAAGGACAGCCUAAAUUAACUAAAGGCACCUGUGGGAGCCUUUGUAGCUAAAGGUCUGAGAGUCAGCAUUUUCCAUUGUGAGCUCCUAUUUUUCAGGAGCUAGUAAUUUGUCCAUAAAAUCUUUGGCCUGGAGUUAGAGUUGAAGGUCCCUCAAAGGGAGAAUUCUGCCACAAUUAAUCUGGUUUGUUUUAAAUAUUGACUAGAUGGCUGGGAUGCAGCUGUUGAAAUCUUAUUAAUUGAUAGUAGACUGAAUUAAAGCAUGAGUUUGCAUGUCAGCCUGUAAAAUGGACUUGUAUUGUUUGAAUAUUUUUAACAAGAAAAAAAAUUACAUGCUGGUAUUUGAUGGCUUAAGUUUCUAGUAUCAUGAAUGCUGUUUUGAUCUGUCGAAGGAGGCAAUAAUGUGGGUGUUGACACCUUUUCAGUUCUCCAAAGGAGCAUCUUAGGCAUUUGUACUAGCAUUCCAUUUUUGUAUUUUUAACUGUCAAAUAACUAGUCCAGAAAUUAUGUUAAGCUGGUAACAAGGGUCUGAAUCAAACAUGCAAAACGAGGGAGUUCAGUUCCUCACUUCAAUGUGCUCAAAAAAGAAAUAUCCAACAUACUUUUUUUGGAUACAUCUAGAGAAGUGGAGGUGUAGUGUGAUCCAGACUCAGUGUGACCUGCAUGCUGCAAGAUGCCAGGAUUGGCACCACUGCUGCAGGUAGUAAAAGAUGCGAAGAGGUUCAUGGCAGUUUUGUGCAUUUGGUAAUUCCAUGAAAAAAAACAGUAUGACUUCCAUAUGCUGUUUAGUCUCUGCUAGUUCACAUUGCAUGUUUACUUUAAACCAAAUCUUUUUUUGCUAAGCGUGGUGCUUGUAUUGGUUUAAAUAAAAUGUUUAAUUAAGAG